AUGGCCGUAUCAUCUGCUCUUCCAGCUAAUAUGGGCAUCGAGGUCGACCAGGCAUUCGGACCUUCUCCUCCACAAACGCCGGCAACGCAAGAGGCCAGCCUGAGCGUGUCGGAUCAUCGGUAUUCACAUCCUUGGAGAGCACGCCUCAAUCUAUGCGCAAUAUACUUCACUAUGUUCCUUGCUGGCUGGAACGAUGGCUCGAGUGGACCUUUGAUUCCACGAAUGCAGACUGUUUACAAUGUUGGAUUUUUGCUUGUCUCCCUCACUUUUGUUGUUGCCUGUGUUGGUUUUAUCUCUGGUGCUCUUUUCAACCUCAACUGGGGAGUCAAGAUAGGCUUCGGGCGAAUGAUUGUUCUGGGUCUCUACUUCACUACAUGCGCCCUUUGUCAGGUUGUCGCCUAUUCGAUUCAAGCUCCUGCACCACCCUUCCCUCUCUUCAUUCUAUCUUUCGGCAUAAAUGGCUUUGGAAACGCGGUUCAAAAUGCACAGACUAACACGUACGUGGCGAGCUUGGGCAAAAACUCGGAACUCUACAUGGGCAUGCUGCAUGCUAGCUAUGGUGCCGGCGCGUUGUCCUCUCCUCUGAUUGCAACCCAGUUUGUGUCCAGUUCACAUUGGUCAUUCCACUACCUUGUCUCGCUUGGGUUGGCCAUCUUGAACAUCACGAUUCUCGCCACAAGGUUCAAGUUUCGCAAUCUCGAAGACUGUCUCCGGCUUGUUGGAGAGCAGCCUCAAGAAGACGCAUCCGCAACCAGCGAGAGGAGCAACUUUGGACAAGUCCUUUCUCUGCGAGCAGUACAUCUCUUGGCUUUCUUCACUCUUGUUUAUGUUGGUGUUGAAGUGACCAUUGGCGGAUGGAUUACCACCUAUAUGAUUGAUGUUCGUGGGGGUGGCCAUAGCGCAGGCUACGUGUCAUCUGGAUUUUUCGCGGGCCUUAUGAUUGGCCGUGUCGCGUUACUCUGGCUAAACAAGGCACUCGGAGAAUACUACGUUCUCUACCUGUAUACAGCACUCAUUAUCGGGCUCGAGCUUGUUGUCUGGCUUGUUCCUUCCCUUAUUGGAGGUGCCAUCGCAGUUGCACUCGUGGGGAUGUUCCUCGGGCCGGUCUACCCUAUCCUGAUGAACAGAACCGCGCGUCUCGUACCGAGACGGCUUCUCUCCGGGUCUAUUGGAUGGAUUGCUGGCUUUGGCCAGGCAGGAAGCGCGAUGAUUCCCUUCAUUACCGGCGCAAUUGCGAGUAAAGCAGGAAUCAAAGCACUACAGCCUCUAAUCAUUAGCUUGAUGGCGUGUUUUCCGCUCUUAUGGGCACUUGUCCCUCGUUCCCCGCGUCGUAUCGACUAG